GGGACUACACUAUACGUGUGCUGAUCGUGAACGGUGUAGACGGGGGCCGUGGAACAACUGUCCAUAACCCGUACUGUGUACUGUAUCUCGCACUCCCGCCGCCGUUGCAUCGUCUUCUCUCGCGUCUUCGGGUGCUAGACGGUCUUGGCCUCACGUCGACUGUCAGUGCGUUUAAACAAGAUUUUUUUUUAUUCGAUUGUUUGGCACUGGUCACCUGGAGCGGCCACUGGAGACCCUGUUUUGAAGAGACUGCUGCUUGGUGUAUGCAGCAUCCAUAUGAUGAAUGAUAAUAACUGGAAAGACAAAAAUUACUCUACAAUUCAUCAAGAAUUACACAAAAAAGUGGCCAUUUUGUCCAUUUUGGUUAUUGUCUACCAGACAGUUGAGCAAUGAAGGGUGAUAAAAAGAGAACUCGUGGUAGAGGUGGCCAGAAGCAGCCAAGAAACAAAAGUCACGAUCAGCCAAUCAGGCAGCCCAGAAAACAAAGCCAAAGCGAUCCAAACUCCGACUCCAAUAAUCAUGACAGUCCUACUGGCAAAGAUGCACCACAUCAAGGUGCAAGUCAUGAUUAUCUUCCUGAGGAAGCCACCGGGAAGAGUAUGCCAAGGCAAGCCACUGGUCGUCUUGAAGUGAAUAAUCAACACCAGUUUGAUGCUAGAGACGUUGAAGAUCAAAAACUAACUUCUAUGCAAUAUAAUAGAAAUAAAAGAAUGGUUAAUCAACAUGCGUCUGGUGCAAACUUGGUGCCAAAAUCUGAGUAUGAAAAUCCUCAUACUAGAGAAAAUGAACAGCAUUUUGACAAAAAUAAACAGUUGGAUGUUAAAGAAUGCAAAGGAGCUGAUGCUAAACUUUAUGAACAUCCAAAUACUAAGCAUACAGAGAUCCUUGAACCUAAGUUAAAUAAAGAAUUUGAAGUUGAGCAAACUAAAGGCCUUAACAUUGAUCAAUAUAGAAACAUUUCUAAGGAAGUUGAAGAAAACAAUGGAAUACAUAAUAAAAGCCUUAAAAGUAAUCCAAAUGAGCACUAUUCAAAGGAAGAUGUAGAGUUUGAUGUUAUUAUGCACCAUGAAUACUCUAAAACUUUGCCUAAUAACCAGAGUGAUGCUAAAGGAAAAGAUAAGCAUGAUGCUAAACAAUGCAAAGUUUCUGUAGAAAAAGAAAAUUGUGCGGUUCAUAAUGAGUAUAUUAAAGAAGACAUAAAUGGAAAACAUACAGAAAAUAUACAGCUUGAAGUACAGAAUGAACUUUUUGAAGAUAAGAAACAUGAAAACUUGUAUGUUGUGCAAAAUGAAUGCCCUGAAGAAAAGGAACAUGAGAACCUUAAUGUUGUUCAGAGUGAAUGCCCUAAAGAUAAGGAAAAUGAAGAACAUUCUAAAGAAACUGAAGCGCUUGAUAAUAUGGAUGACAAAUUCCCCCAAAAUAAGAAGAAUGAAGACCUUGAAAACCUUAAAGUUAAACAAUAUGAAUGUCUUGGAGCAAAGCAAAUUAAACAACAUACUAAACAAAAUGAAACACUUAAUGCUGUACCGUGCCUUGAAGGUGUAAAGUGCCUUGUAGAUUCACAGUGCCUUGAAGAUGUCCAGACGUGCCUUGAAGAAGAAAAUGAACAUGUUAUGAAGAGUGAACACUAUGAUGCAGUAUUGGGUAAAGAAAUAAAUCUUGAUACAAAUAAAGAAAUUUGUGUUAAGAUGAGGCAAGUUAGUGUUAAACUGAUUGAUGAACAAACUGUCGAGGAAAGCAAGGAGCAAAUUGUUAAGCCAAUGGAGGUGCAAGCCAUUAAGCCAAGAGAGAAGCCAGCUGUUAAGCCAAGUAAAGAGCCAGCUGUUAAACCAAGUGAGGAGCCAGCUGUUGAACCAAGAAAGGAGCCAGCUGUUGAGCUAAGAGAGGAGCCAGCUGUUGAGCCAAGAGAGGAGUCAGCUGUUGAGCCAAGUGAGGAGCCAGCUGUUAAACCAAGUGAGGAGCCAGCUGUUGAACCAAGAGAGGAGCCAGCUGUUGAACCAAGAAAGGAGCCAGCUGUUGAGCUAAGAGAGGAGCCAGCUGUUGAGCCAAGAGAGGAGUCAGCUGUUGAGCCAAGUGAGGAGCCAGCUGUUAAACCAAGUGAGGAGCCAGCUGUUGAACCAAGUGAGGAGCCAGCUAUUGAACCAAGUGAGGAGCCAGCUGUUGAAUUAAGAGAGGAGCCAGCUGUUGAGCAAAGAGAGGAGCCAGCUGUUGAACCAAGUGAGGAGAAACCUGUUGAGCAAAGUGAGGAACCAGCUGUUGAGCCAAGAGAUGAGCCAGCUGUUGAGCCAAGUGAGGAGCCAGCUGUUGAGCCAAGUGAGGAGCCAGCUGUUGAGCCAAGUGAGGAGCCAGCUGUUGAGCCAAGAGAGGAGCCAGCUGUUGAACCAAGUGAGGAGCAAGCUGUUGAGCCAAGAGAGGAGCCAGCUAUUAAGCCAAGAGAGGAGCCAGCUGUUAAGCCAAGAGAGGAGCCAGCUGUUGAACCAAGAGAGGAGUCAGCUGUUGAGCCAAGAGAGGAGUCAGCUGUUGAGCCAAGAGAGGAGUCAGCUGUUGAGUCAAUCAAGGUGCCAGCUGUUGAACCAAGAGAGGAGCCAGCUGUUGAACCAAGAGAGGAGCCAGCUAUUAAGCCAAGAGAGGAGCCAGCUGUUAAGCCAAGAGAGGAGCCAGCUGUUAAGCCAAGAGAGGAGCCAGCUGUUGAACCAAGAGAGGAACCAGCUGUUGAGCCAAGCGAGAAGCCAGCUGUUGAGCCAAGAGAGGAGCCAGCUGUUGAACCAAGAGAGGAGUCAGCUGUUGAGCCAAAAGAGGAGCCAACUGUUGAACCAAGAGAGGAGCCAGCUGUUGAACCAAGAGAGGAGCCAGCUGUUGAGUCAAGAGAGGAGCCAGCUGUUGAACCAAGAGAGGAACCAGCUGUUGAGCCAAGCAAGAAGCCAGCUGUUGAGCCAAGAGAGGAGCCAGCUGUUGAACCAAGAGAGGAGUCAGCUGUUGAGCCAAAAGAGGAGCCAACUGUUGAACCAAGCGAGGAGCCAGCUGUUGAACCAAGAGAGGAGCCAGCUGUUGAACCAAGAGAGGAGCCAGCUGUUGAACCAAGAGAGGAGCCAGCUAUUAAGCCAAGAGAGGAGUCAGCUGUUGAGCCAAGAGAGGAGCCAGCUGUUGAACCAAGUGAGAAGCCAGCUGUUGAGCAAAGUGAGGAGCCAGAUGUCGAGCCAAGUGAGGAGCCAGCUAUUAAGCCAAGAGAGGAGUCAGCUGUUGAGCCAAGAGAGGAGCCAGCUGUUGAACCAAGAGAGGAGCCAGCUGUUGAACCAAGAGAGGAGCCAGCUGUUGAGCCAAGAGAGGAGCCAGCUGUUGAGUCAAUCAAGGUGCCAGCUGUUAAACCAAGCGAGAAGCCAGCUGUUGAAUCAAGCGAGGAGCCAGCUGUUGAACCAAGAGAGGAGCCAGCUGUUGAGCCAAUCAGGGUGCCAGCUGUUAAACCAAGCGAGAAGCCAGCUGUUGAAUCAAGCGAGGAGCCAGCUGUUGAACCAAGAGAGGAGCCAGCUGUUGAGCCAAGGGAGGAACUAGCUAUUGAGGUAAACGAGGAGCCAACUGUUGAGCAAAGUGAGGAGCCAGAUGUCGAGCCAAGUGAGGAGCCAGCUGUCGAGCCAAGCGAGGAGCCUGCUGUUGAGCCAAGAGAGGAGCCAGCUGUUGAACCAAGAGAUGAGCCAGCUGUUGAACCAAAUGAGGAGCCAGCUGUUGAACCAAGAGAGGAGCCAGCUGUUGAACCAAAUGAGAAGCCAGCUGUUGAACCAAGCGAGGAGCCAGCUGUUGAGCCAAGAGAGGAGCCAGCUGUUGAGCCAAGCAAGGAGCCAGCUGUUGAGCCAAGUGAGGAGCACGCUGUCGAGUCCAGCGAGGGGCAAGCUGUUAAGUCUAGCGAGGGUCUGCCCAUUAAGCCAAGCAAUGAGGAAGCCAUUAAGGAAAGUGAGCAUAAUGGAAAAGUGCUGUUCAGUUCUCAAGGAAAUAAAACACAUUAUGAUGGAUCUAGUGAAGAUAAAACUAAACAUUUGGAACAUAAAUGUCUACAAGAGUGUGAUCAAACAGAAGUUGGCAAGACAGUUCAUACAUAUGUCAUUAAGGAUUCUAAGCUUGUCAACAAAACAGAUUGCACGCAGAAAGAGUUGAUCACUGAAAACGAAGGCAAAGAACAUAUUAGAAACCAAAAACAGGAUUUGCAUGAGAGCAAUUCUCAGGGUGUUGAGAGGAUGGAAGAUAGACAAAAUGCAUAUUGUGAUGAACACCUCAAUUCCAAAAUGGAUAAUAAGCCAGUUGUAAAGCCUAAUAAAGUAGACAGUCCACAAAGAGAUAAAGGUGAGCAAUCCAGCUCACAGCUUACGGAUAAGCAACAUAAUGGAUCGCAGGAGAAAAAUUCAAAUGGAUAUCAUAUGCCUAGCCAGGUGCAACAUGAGAUCCAGAAGAGUCUUGAAUCUGAAAGUUGUGAUGGUAGACAACAGAAACUAGAUAUGCAGAUAGGUAGCCAGAAGGUCAGGCAAUGGAAAGAGCAUCCAAAAGAUACUAGUACUAGUGUACUGUUUACUGUGAAUGAUGAGGCACACUUACACAAAGACAUUUCUCAAGAACAAGAAAUGGGAGGUCAAAAAUUGAAUACAAAACAGGCUUCUGCAAAGGAUGUUGCACAAAAACAUGUGAUUACUUGCUCUUCUAACCAGAACAAUGACAAUGAAAAUUCCAAUACGGAGAGAAAUGACCAGAAAUCUGGUUAUAUGCCAAAUGCAUACCAGCGAAUGAUUAAUGAAAAAACGAAAUUAGAGACUAGUGAGGUGAACAGCCACCAUGAUACUCUUGAUGUAGUUAACGAGCAUGAUAAAAAAGAUGAAGUGCAAACCAGGGGACAAGAAGAGAAGCAGGUUGCUAUGCCAGACGUUAAGCAACAUGAUGGCCAGCAAGAGUGUUUCGGGCACAACAAUCACCAUUAUAAUAAAAAGCAAAAUGAAAAUAGGCAUGUUAAGAGAAAACAUCAGGAGUACUGGGAGCAGGACCCUUCUAAUUAUUCCCACUUGCAUGGUAAUGCUAAUUAUGGGAGCUACCAUCAACAGCGCUCUAAUGGUCAAUAUGGUCGCCAGAAUUACAGAGGAGCCCAUUCUCCUAACUACUAUGGCCAACAACACAAACAACAGCAACAUGCAAGAUCCCAAGUAGCAGACACAUCAAGAAAGUUGUGUUGUGAUAAUUGUAAUGAAAACUACAAUUGUUCUAACAAGAAACCAAGAAUACUGCAUUGUCGUCAUUCAAUAUGUUCAGAAUGUGCUCAAACACUAUUAAUAAAUACCUAUAAAACAAUUGUUUGCCCUUUUUGCAAUAGGCAAACUUGGUAUGUGCAUGAUAUUGACAAACUUCCGUAUAACCAUUCCAUCCUGAAGGGCCUCCAAGAACAAAGUGCUAAGCCUAUUGUAACUAUUGGUAAAAAUGAUGGUUCUGGAAAUCAAAAAUGUGUUACUAAACAAAGUUUCACGGGAGAAAAAAGUUAUCGUGCAACACCAGAACAUGCUCAAGGUUCACCAGUGACAGUAGAAAGUGAACGAAAGCAAUGUAAGCCAGUCCUCCCUCAAAAUGGUUCCAGAAGUGAAAUGCACACUGCAUCACCACAUAAUAGUCAAUGUCUAGAAUUUAGAGCACGCCCAUCAUUUCACUGUGCUAACUGUCAGCAGUGGGUUUGUGAUAAGUGUGGACAAAUUGACCAUAAUGAAAGAAAAGGCUGUGUUCUGAUCCCACUCAGAGAUACCUUAACACAAAUGAAACAACAGCAUGAAAAUUCUGCAAGUGCAACUUGUAGCACUCUCAAUACAGCAACAAAAGAACUUAAAAACUCCUGUGAUGACUUAGAUGUGUUUCUUUUAUCUAUGCGUGCAGCACUUGAAUGUAUUGAGAGGGAGCACAAAAAUCUCAAGGAGGAUUUACAAGAAGGCAUUCAAAAGGAAAGGAGUAUAAAAGAUUCAGUAGUUAAAUUACCAGAAUGCAAAAAUCUUCCAGAGUCAUUAGCAGGUUUCAAGGAUGUUGAAGCUUGUUGUGCUGCAUCACAGGAGUGGAUAUCUCGUGUGGCAUCUAGAGACAGCAGUAAUGAAGCUAAAAAUAUGACAAAGGCUCUUAUCAGGUUUACACUCCAGUCCAUUAGGAGAUUCACAGUAGAGGAUGGGAAGCUUAACGAAAUAGUUGCAAUCCACGAAGGACCUAGCACAAGGUUUUCGGUCCCAACAGUUCGAGGCGGACGAAUCCAUUUGCAUUGCCUAACUAGCAGUGUACCAGUCGAAAGUUCUCAAAAGUUGCCGUUGGAAUGCUUCAAAUCAUGCCUGGAUAAAAAUUCAUCACUGGCAUUCCUUGACUUAUCUUGGAAUGGUUCACCUCAAGGCCGAAUCUACAUAAGGAUGACGGGUGAUACAGUGCGAGGUCGUCAGUUUCUGAUGCUGUGUACUGGGGAGAUGGGACCUUCCUUCUGCAACACCCACUUUCACCGUGUUUGGUGGAAGGGCUACCCAGGUGAGCACAUAUGGGGUGGUGAUAUUAAUCAUGGGGAUGGCAGUGGAGCUGUAACGCUCAUCAGCGACUUCGAUAGUGAACAAACAACUGAAUUAGGUCGUUCAGUCUCCAUCACAGCUGGUCUUGUAGCUGGGCGAUAUGAAAAGAAAAACCCAAGUUCCAUCUUCCGCAUCUACACUAAAGAUGCCAAGAACACUGAGGAAGCUGCGUUUGGUCAAGUAGAAUUUGGUCUUGACAUCAUACAGAAGGCAGUCAGUCAUAACAACAUUCAUGAUGUGAUAAUAUCUGACUGUGGAAUUGUUUUGGAACUAUGAACAAAAAAACAUUUAAAUAUGGUACCUAUCAACAAUGGUUAAUAUUCUGAUUAAUAUUUGAGUAUAAUUAUUUUUAUCUUGAAAGAUUAUUCAUCAUAUAAAAUGGAGUUUGCACAUUUUCUUCAUAAAUGUUUACCUGGUGAAGAAAAUGCAACAAUACUUCUUUAGAAUUUGGCUCAAGAAUUGUAAAUAUUGAUUAACUUUAAGCUCCAUAAUCUUGUGUGAACGAGGAUCCCUUCUUACUAGAUGUACACGAUUAAUAUCAAGAGCCGGAAGACAGUAAAGGAAAAGCAAUCUAUAGUGUUAAGCCUGUUGGCUAAACAAAACUGGCAGCAUGUGAUUGCUAACACAUGUUUAUAUUGAUUAAGCAUGUUGCUACAACCUUCGUGGCAAAUUAAAUUAUGUUUAAUCAACUUGAAAAUAUGGGUUUGUGUGGGAGUAAACAAUCUUUGUACCUGGUAUACUUAAGGUGGUCCAGCUUCAUUAAGAUAUUUGUCCUAAAAUCUGUCAUGUCCAUCUUUUUAUCUGGACUUCAUUAAUUUUGAUUACAAAGAGGGCAAGUAGCUUUGUGGCUCUGCUAAAACCACAACUUACUUGAUAUACUGUAGCAACAUAUCAGGCUAGUGUGUUUAUGCAUGUCUUUAAAUACAUACUCUUGUCCAAGUUAUGUAUUUGGGUAAGUUGUAUACUGUAUUGUUAAAGUUCAUGCCAGCUGUCAAAGUUUAAUGUUGUUAUGUCACUGUAUUAUAUGUUGUAUAUAUCUUUUCAUUGACACACAGUUUAAAAUCUGAAAUAAUUUGGAGGAGAUAAUUUAGUAGUUUUUUCUUUGUUAGGUGGUGCUGUCAUGUAAAUAGUCUUUUUUUAAACUACACCCCUCAUUUGUAUCAUGCUAGUUUUUACAUAAUUGAUUUAUAUAUAAUACUAUAUGUGAUAAUCAGACUGUGAUAGUCAAACAUUUAAAGAUUUUCAGCACAGGUUUUGUGCAUUAAUUUUAGGUCUUCUAACAAUUAUAAGUUUGAGAAACAUCAUAUGUAUAUACUGCAUAUACAUGUACAGUAUAUCAUUCAGCACAUUCUUGCAAUGUGUCAACCGUAAAAUAUUAAGUGGUUUUUGCCUAAGUAGAAGUGUAAGAACCUAGUCAAGUCACUUGACCUAUUAACACAACACACUUCCAAUACUCAUUAGUAUGAGAAAGAGUAAAUUUCACUCAACCACUGUCAUUUUCACACUGGGGUCAAUAACAUGAAAAUUGUCUUGUAUUAAGUGAGAGAACAGGUUUCUGUUCUCUCAAUAUCCAUAUUUGUUGCCUCAUAUACAUAAUAUCAAUGACAAUGACAUUGAAGAUGUUGGAGAGGGUCUUCAUCCUGUGUCAUUUUCAAGUGUCUUGUGUGCUGGUUUGAUAAUUACAGUAUUUAAGUAUUCUUAGUUAUGGUGUUGUUGAAUUCUAAUCAUUAUUAUUUAUACAGUACUGUACCUUUACUAUGCCCGAGGUCAUUGUGACGGUUACAGUUAUAUGGAUGAUGGUCCAUGAGAAUGAUUGAUUAACUUGUAUAAUUUAAAAUUGAGGGGAAAAGCUUUCACAAGUGCAACAUCUCUUAUGUGGUUAAUCUUUAACAUCUAAAUUAUGGAAUACAUUUGUGCAACCUGCAUUGUUGCUGAGACUGAUCAAAUGCCAAUUUUUUUUUGCCAUUAUCUGAAUGCCUAUUGCCAUAAAAUGGUUGUAAUUUGAAUCGAUAAUUGUCAAUUCAUCAUGAGCUGCUCUGGAAGUCUACUCAAUAAUUAAUUUUUAUAAUUAUUUUAAUACUGUAAUGUCACUGCCUCGGUACUUUUACAAUUACAGUGGGGUUGCAUGUCCCUCAGUUCCUGUCUUAUGUAGAAUGUCACUUAAUAUCUCGCAUUUACCAGAUGAACAUAAAAAGGCAAUAUUAUUUUGUGCUUUAGUUUCUUUACAAACCGAUCUAUUGCUUCAUUUAAAUAUAAUGCAUCUAUACUCCAAGAACAUUUUGAUACAAAAUCUAUAGUUAUAUCCCAAAAUAUAAUUUAAAAACAUAUAAAACCCUGCAUUGAAUGUAAUACAAUGCCUUUCUGGGUGAGCCCCAAUAGCUCCGUGAGAGAUGCCUCCCAACUACUAGGUUACAACAGCUGCAGAGUUGUGUUUGGCCUACUGGGGAGCAGAGCCAGAACCUGGCCCCCUCAUAGAGGUACAGAGCAGGUGACACUCUGCCAAUCUCACUGGAAAAGCAUCCAGGAAAGAUAACGAACCAAAACAGACCACUGCUGGUGUGUUGGGAGUGAUCUCAGCGAGAUAACCUCAGGGAGCCACAAGGGGUUCCCCAGAAAAGAAUACUCUAUGACUAUACAGCGUCUCGGGCAGACAAUAAUCGCAGGGCCUAGAUGUAGUUUCUUAUCGCUUUGUAAAUUACCUUUAGAAAAAGAAUGUAAGCACAGUAAUGUUUUCUCUUUGCAACUAUAUAGAUCAAUCAUGUGUGCACACUUCUAUGUUUCUUUACUCAUUUAUUAUUCAUCAUAAAUAAAAUAAAUGUUGAAAUGUUUAACUUUUGUAUAGUCAGUUGCCAAGCAUAAGCUAUAAUACAUACACCAGUAUUUAUGCAUCAGUACACCAGAGCAUUCAUUUUUUUAAAGUUUUGACAAAAUUCAUAAUUAUAACCUAAACAAUAAGAAAAAAAGAAGUAUAAAACUAAAGAGAUUCGUUGAACAGUGGAUUAGAAUUGGAUAAGUUUAGAUACAGGAAAUACCUACCGGUAGGAAAACAUUGGUUUGGGAAUAUUGUAGGGUUGUUGAUAUAUGGAACAAAUUACUGGGCAAAAUAAUAGAAGUGGGAUCACUAAAUUGUUUCAAGCAAAACUAUACAAAUAUAUCGGAGAGUUUGGCUGGGUGUAAAUAAGAGCAUAGGUAAUACGCAUAGGUAUACAAUUUCACAAGAAAAGCUAUUUAACCCUUUAGCUGCAAUAGUGGUGGACUCAAGAAAAACGAACCCAGAAUGCAAUAAGUGAUCCGAGUCUACAUAACUAGAAAAUUCUUUUCAAAUCGUGUAAUGAUCCACUAGACCUUCCGACUCUUGUAAAAGGCUCUUGAUUCCAAUAAAUGCUGCUGGUGCAUGGCGGCAGAAUCAGAUCGGCAGUUGUGCUUCCUUCAAACCCUCGUACCAAUUUCCAAAUAAUUUUUAUGCAAUUAGUUUUAUGUUUUUUUUUUUAUUUUGUGAUAUGUUGUGUACAAUAUAUUUUUAAGCAUACUGGAGUCAAUUCAUUAGGUUGGUAAGGAUAAGAGUGAAAAGUAGGAAAAUAUAGUGGCUAACAGGCAAGACAUGCAUCACCAAGUGCUAAAACUCAUUUAGAUCCAAGAUGGUAAGACAGCUAGCUAGUUAGCCGAAGUUGAUUGUCCAAGAGAGUGAGUUUCGUUAUCAAUGCCUUUGUGUACUGCAUAGGUUGAUAGUUAUCUUGGGGAUCCCUAAUGAGAAACUUUUAUUAUGAUUUGCACCUUAUGUUUGUUUACAAAUUAACAAAAUUACUUUGAUUUUAAGUACAAUACAGGUAUAUUAUUACACAGAAUUUAUGGCUAGAAAUACGAACUUAAUUGGCUUAUUGUGCCAAAGUUAGCCAUCUUAUUUUGAGAUGAUUUCGGGCCUUAGUGUCCCCGCGGCUCUGUCCUCGACCAGGCCUCCUUUUUGUUACACAUCCCCAGGAAGCAGCUUGUAGCAGCUGUCUAACUCCCAGGUACCUCUGCUAGGUGAACAGGUGCAGCAGGGUGAAAGAAACUCUGCCUAUAUUUUCUCACCGCCAUCGGAAAUUGAACCCGGAACCUCGGGACUACGAAUCCCGAACGCUGUCCCCUCUGCUGUCAAGCCUCUUGCGUGUUAUACAGUUACCUUGAUAUUCCAGUAAACUCACAGGUUGCAACAAAGUUUGGUGGAAAAGGUUUGCUGCCUAAGCAGUUCCGAGUAUUAUUAGUCAGGCCUUCAUACCCUAACCACAGGGUUUUAUCUGUGCAGGUGAAUGGCUCUUUUUUUUAAUGUGCUCCAUUUAUUCAACAGCUAUAAUGACAAGGUCAAUAUUUCUUGUUCUGUAUUGCCUUUAAAAGGCCAGGUUUUGAGAUUCAUUAUUGAUCGGAUGUUGGUUAGUCAUAUUUUAUAUUUUCUCCUUAAUGAAUAAAAAUCUUGUGGAAAGAUAUUCUGGCAGUAUUUGGUUGGAAUUUAUUAAGUUGUUAGUGUAUAAAACUUUCUAGGUUUAAAUCUUGUGUCCAGUGUGCAUCUGGUAAUAGGCAUAGUGCUAAUCAAUCAUGCUACUGGAUGUUCCGUGUUAAUCAUACAACUGUUCAACUCAAUAAUUUGUUGAUUUAUUUGUAUUGGUGUAUGUUGUAAAUCACUUUAUAUAACCAUUUGUAAUGCUUGUUUAUAAAAGGAUUUUUUUUACUUGCAUAGGUAACUCUCUGAAUUUUAUAAUCAAUAACUAUUUUGCACUAUGAUACACAGUUUGAAAAUCUAAAUAGAAAUUAAAACUCUGUAUAUAAAAAAGUAUGUUAAUAUAUUCCUGUUACUGUACUUCAAUUCUCUUUUUCUACUUGUUAAAUGUAAAGUCUAUAGUGAA